GGUCUCCGUCCUGGUGGGCGGUGGGCGCUGAGGUCGCGGUGCCCUCGCCGCACCAUGGGGCGCCUGGGCGGCGGCGGCGGCGGCGGCCUGACUUGCGUCAAGUACCUGCUGCUCGCCUUCAACCUGCUCUUCUGGUUGGCAGGAUCUGCUGUUAUUGCCUUCGGCCUGUGGCUUCGGUUUGGUGGUGUGGUAAAGGACUUAUCUUCAGGAGACAAAUCCCCAGAAUAUUUCUAUAUGGGACUGUACGUGCUGGUUGGAGCCGGGACCCUGAUGAUGACGGUGGGACUCUUCGGCUGCUGUGGAGCUGUCCGGGAAUCCCAGUGCCUGCUCGGAUCGUUUUUCACCUGCCUUCUGGUGAUAUUUGCUGCUGAAGUAACUAUUGGAGUAUUUGCAUUUCUAGGGAAAGGGAUGGCUAUUCAUGAAGUUCAGGCUAUGUAUGAAGAAGCAUAUAAUGAGUACCUGAAAGAUGAGGGAAAAGGAAACCAGACUCUCAUUGCCUUCCACUCCUCUCUUCAGUGCUGUGGUAAGGGAAGUCCUGAGCAUGUACAACCCACAUGUCCAAAGGAACUCCAAAGGCAUAAAAAUUGCCUAGUUGAAAUUCACAGUGUAAUCGAUGCUAAGCUUCAGCUGGUUGGAAUUGUGGGAAUUGGAAUUGCCAGUGUCACGAUCUUUGGAAUGAUAUCAAGUAUGGUGCUUUGUUGUGCAAUCCGCAGCUCCAGAGACACAAUGUAGCACUUUCCUGCAUGAAUACUACAUACCAGAACCUUCAUACUGAAUGCCACAAAGCAAUGUCUUCAUUCCUGGUUUUAAUAAUUGAAAGACACGUAAGGUCUAAAAAGAACUUGGUUUUAACUGUAUAUUUGCACAUUUAAUAUAAGUGUAACUGAUAUUCUGUUUGCAGUGUGGGUGAGUAUAUAAUGUGUACCAGUGAGCUCUCAUUUUUUUAAUGGUAUUUGUUAAGCGCUUAUUAUGUGCCAGGCACUGUACUGAGCAUUUUUCACAUGUACACUUUGUGUUUGGUGCAUGCAGUAUGCUUCUUGAAACUCUGUUAAGGUUGAAGUCCUGUUAUUAUUGUCAUAUAGGGAUAAAGGACUAUUUUUUUAAAAAGGGCUUUAAUCAGCUUUUAAAACUUGAUACUCAAAAGAAGUGAGGAAAGAAACUUAGUGAGUCAGUUGAUAUGAAUCUGAGCAGAGCAGACUGCCCGGUGAGUACAAUAAACUUCCAAAGUUGAGAGCUUUAUUUGAUUAAUCAGUAGUAAACAUGGCACCAUGGAAGGUGGAUUUCCCCAAGUUUAUUUCAGAUUUGGUUCCAUGCCAGUAUCACAUUUUAAAAGCAAAAAAGCUCUAAAAAUACUAUUAAAAUGGCAUUUGAAUUUGAAUGUCAUCAUUUCCUCAAGUUACAGAAGAACUUUAAGUAGUGGCCUUUUCAGAUGAAUCUGGGCCUUUGUGAGGCUAAAGAUAUGUGACAUGUUUUUUUUAAGGGAAAGACCCUUGUUCUUAUAAGGAUGCAUGUAUAAAUAGCACUUCAGUAGUUUUCUUUUCUAACUGUUUGCUUCUAUUGCGACUACCACCGUUUUUAAAUGAUUUUUAUACCAAAUUUCUAACUCUGUUGUUUGGGUUAAGGCAAGAAUUUCAAGCAAGAAAGCUGGCAUGUACAAACUGUAAGAGAACUGAUGCGCUGGGCCUUUGGGGGUCACCUUUGGAGUGUGUGUGUGUGGUUUUUUUUAAUAGUACUGUUUUUGUAAAAUACCUCACAGCUUGAGUUUACAUAUUUUUCAUAAUUACUUUUGUAUUUUUCUUAUUUAUUCAGUCAGUGAACUUUUCUCUUUAAUGAACUAAAUAGUCCAAAAGGUUUCCCCCAGUCCACUGGAAAUAAAAAUCAAAGGUUUGAAACUUG